AUGUCCGGCCACAAAGGUGGCAAGAAAAAGUCCCUAAAACAGCCCAAGAAAUAGGCCAAGAAGAUGGAUGCUGAAGAUAAGGCUUUCAAGCAGAAACAAAAAGAGGAGCAGAGGAAAUUUGAGGGGCUAAAAGCAAAGGCCCUGGGGAAGGGACCCCUCGCCACAGGUGGAAUUAAGAAAUCUGGGAAGAGAUUGGCCAUCCAACCUAUGGUUCUCUUGUGGUUCACCUCAUGGAAUGUGACCAUUUCCCUGGCAGCCGUUGAAGACAAAGGGUAG